AACUAAACGGUGGCCCUGUAAAAUCAUAGACAGGGGAAUCACCGAUUACCAUACACUUAUUUUGAAUUUUACAAUACGUUUAACAGUACGCUGUUGUAUCAAUAAAAUAUCAAAAGAUACAAAGUUUUUUUUUAAAUAGAUAAUGUAAAUACGAUCAUAAAAAUUGGAACAUUAAUUGAAGAGUAUAAUAAAUCAAAAGGCUUCAUAAAAGAUUGACUUAUCAUUUAAAAUGACACCGUAAAACUUCAGCUGUUUGUUUUGCAAUUUAAUUUGCAUUUUAAUGCACAUUGGAGACAUGAAGAACAAAACAAAGAUAAGCCAGGCUUAUUGACGCCCGUCACUUUACCAUUUAUUUGUCAAUAGGUAUAACGGGUGGAUUAAAUCUCAUCAAAAUGCAAAAACAAUUUAUAAGCUUUAUUAUCAAGUUUAAGUACAUCAAGUUUUAAAAUAUUAUUCAAUUACUAUUAAACAAAACUAAUAUUUAUCAAAUUUAAGAUAACUCGAAACGCUCAACUGUUUAGGUACAUUUAUAACAAUAGUUGGUAUAUCAAAUGCGAGAUUCAUAAAAUAAAAGACUGAAGUUUUUUUUUUAUAUUUUUGUUUCCUAACUUUAGAGUGUAUUGAGUAGGAUCAUUCGAGAUCAAAAGAUAUAUUGUGAUCAUUGUAUUGUAUAUAACGAUGGCUAAUAACAGAUAUUUUAUCGUCAAUCUAAUUGUCUAAUGACAUUUUCGCAGAUAAAGAACUUUAACUUGCAACAUGAAUGUUUGACGAAAGAAUUAAAAACAGUACAUGAAAAAUACGGACAUUAUAGGUAGGUUAAGAGUUUUAAAAGACAAAGACUUACAUAAUGGAUAAUUAAAUACAUAUGUUCGACGUUUCUAAAGAAAUAAUUUAGGAAGUGCAUUUAUGUCGCGCGAUUUUUCCUUCAAAAAGUGCUGAAGUAAACAAGGAAUAGCGUAAAAAGACAGUGCCCGUCAAAAUGCCAAGUGAAGUGCUUCCCAAAGUGGGAGGGUCACCGUUACCUUCAGUGACCCCACCACGCCUGAUGUCCCCAGUCAAGUCCCGACUUACUAAGGAAUCGCUAAGCAAACUCUCUGAGCCGAUGACACCGGAUGACAUAACGACUGAUCCCACAGACGGUCCAAGAAGUUUGGACGACAUCACGCUUUCUGAAAAGGAUCCUGUUUUUCUAACAGAAGCAAGCGUGCGAGAUCUUGGGGCUAUUCAUGAGGAGGACUUUGAUGAAGAAGAUUUGCUGGUUCCCGAAUCUCGUACUGGAGAUGAUCUGGAUGAAACAAUGCCGAGGUCAACAGGUACAGGUGUGUCAGGUGUAUCCUCAAUGUCAGAGAUGGAACCUGAUGCUGAUUAUGAUACUGAUCUUGAAAUGGAAGAUUCAGAUAGAUGGUUGAAUCCGGAAUUGUAUGACAGAGAUACGACGGGAAUUAAUCGUUAUCUGCGCAUGUGCCAGAAACUCGAAAUUCAGCCAAUCACAUACUUCCUUAAACAUAUGCAAGAUACGGAGCUCAUUAUGAAAUAUCACGGUUUAGGGCCAUUGGGAGUAAAAGCAAUGUCUGACCCUCUUGAGAUUAACACGACUAUAGAGAAAAUGGACCUUGAAGGCAACUAUAUACUAGGAAUUGGAGCAAACUACCUCGCAAAAGUUCUUAAAGACAAUGUUUAUGUUACAGAACUCAUAUUGUCUGAAAAUAAAAUGGGCAUAGAAGGUGCGAAGGCAAUCUGUGAUUUACUGUUGGAAAACAAAACAAUAACAUAUUUAGAUCUCAAAGGGAACAAUAUAGAGGAUGGGGCGGCUGAAGAUUUCUAUGAAAUGCUCUCGAAAAAUACGGACUUGAAAACACUUAUUUUACGACAUAACUCAUUUGAAGACGAAGGAGCAAAACUUUUAAAAGAUUCCCUGAUAGAAAACGACACUUUACAAACACUCGAUUUGAGUUGGAACCAUUUUCAAUGGCGGGGAUGCUGUACAAUUGCAGAAGGUGUUGCUGAGAAUACAGGAUUGAAAUACUUGAAUCUUUGUAUGAAUGGGUUUGGAUUGGAAGGAGCUAAAGCAUUAGAGGACAUGCUGCGAGAUAACCAUACUCUACAAGAAUUGGACAUAAGCUUCUGCCGAAUACCACUGCAAGGUGCACCGCAUAUAGCUGCAGGCAUACAGAAUAAUGAUGCUUUAGAAAAACUUAAUAUAGGUUACAACACGAUUCAAGGAGAAGGGGGAUAUGUGGUUUUAGUGGCGGCUGACAGAAAUUCUCAUAAUAACAUCAAACAUUUAAAUUUUGGCAAUCUCACAGUGAAAAUGGAUUUUAAGAAACUUGCAGACGAAAUGAUAGAAGAAAAGCAGGCGACCAUUUUGUAUGGUAAUGUCAUGUUAGAUGUGACGUCAUUCAGAAACGCCAAGUAUGAUCCUUGGGCACAUCACCAAGCUGAUCCUAUGACAAAGUUGAAAGAAUGGCUAGAUCAAGCGGGCUAUCGAUUGGUUGACCUUUUACUGACCUUUGAUCGUGAUGGUAGUCUUUCUCUGGAUUUAAGUGAACUUAAGCAAGGAAUAAGGAGUGUAGGAAUAGAUAUGACAGAUCUUGAGAUAGAAAUUUUGAUGAAGAACCUAGACGAUGAUAAUAGCGGUACUGUAGACAUGAAGGAAUUGAUGCAAGGAGCAGAGAAGCACACUUUAGAAACACGUGAGGCCAUUCGUUACAAAGACGAACAAGACAAAUUAGACGCGGAAAGAAAGAAGCAAAUUAAAGCCGGAGAUGUGAAAGACUUUCAGAAAAUAAUACAAGAAGCAGACGUUAUAAAACCAGUGGCAAUUGUGUAGCACUUUAAGGUGUUGAUAAUUAGUGACAUUGCAGACGUUGAUACUGACUUGUAGAACAAACAUAAAACAAAUCAUUGCAGGAAAAAAACUAACGUAUUUCAGUGUUUUAAUAACUUAUAUGGGGUUACUUAAAUCAAGAUAUGAAUAUGCGAAUGAAUUGUUUCCACAUUUGAGAAGGAUUUCAAAAUACGGUGAAUAUAGAUUUUGUAAAAAAGACUUUAUGAAAUACAAAACAUAGAUACGCGUCUCUUGUUCAUGAAUUCAAUGCCAAAUCUUUUCAUUAUUACACGCUUCUUAUCUGGUUAUUAUUUCUAAGUCCCUUUCAUAAUUGUUUACUAUUUUUCGUGUGUAAGUUCUUAUUUAAGCCGUGUUUUACACGUUUUUUCUAUAUGAAUUUAUCGCAAGGAACUAUUAUAAAAUAUCUAACUCUUCCAGAAACAGACGACUUACAUUCUUUUUGGAUAACUUGAAUCGAAUCGGCGUAAGCAAAUUUCAUAUAAUGUCUUUUAUAGAUAAUUACAAUUUUAUCGAGUGUAUUGAUAGUUUGUCAUUUGAAAAUUUACAAUUGCAUCAUUGUUAUACAAAAACAUUCAAUGGUACUGUGUAUGAACAUAUCAAUAAACAUACGACAUUAUUCAAAUAA